AUGGCCGCGCGUUUUACGGCCACGCAGGUUCUAGAACAGAUCUUGUCCAGCGUGGACCAAGAAGACUACUCGGAUUGCCAGGAGGAGGAGGAGGAAAAGGUUUCGGAAGACGAAGACGGGGAGGAAUACAACCCCGAGCGCCGCGAGGUCGACGAUGCCUCUUCUCCCUCUUCUGAGGAAGAGCAGCCCGAGGAAGAGCCGCCCGAGGACGAGCACGAGGACGAGCACGAGGAAGAGAUCUCCUCGGCCCCGGACCAACGGGAGCCGCCGUUACUGUCGAAGAACGGCAAAAUCGAGUGGUCCCCCGUGGCCUACGGCCGCCACCGCGGGCCCCUGGCGAUCUGCCGGACCCGCGACAUCGCGUCCGCCUUCCACCUGUUUGUCACACCGGCGAUAGGAAGGAUAAUUGUGGAAAUGACGAACCUGCACGGGGCCAGAAAAUACGGCGACGGCUGGCGACCCAUGGACACCACGGACCUGCGCGCCUACCUAGGGCUGCUGAUCCUAGCGGGCGUCUACAGGUCCCGGGGCGAGGCCGCGGCAAGCCUGUGGGACGCCGAGAGCGGCAGGACCGUGUUCCGAGCCACCAUGUCGCUCAAGGUCUUUCACAGGUACUCGAGGCUGCUGCGAUUCGACGACCGCCACUCGAGACCCGCCAGACUCGCCACGGACAAACUCGCAGCCAUACGGGAGGUCUGGGACCUGUGGGAGGCGCGGCUGCCGGCCCUCUACAACCCGGGGCCCGACGUGACGGUGGACGAGCAACUGGUCCCGUUCAGAGGCCGCUGUCCUUUCCGUCAGUACAUCCCCAGCAAGCCGGCCAAAUACGGCAUCAAGUCGUGGGUGGCCUGCGACGCCAAGUCCAGCUACGCUUGGAAGAUGCAAGUGUACACCGGCAAGGCGGCCGGCGGAGGCCCCGAGAAGAACCAGGGGAUGCGCGUCGUCCUCGAUCUGACAACGGGCCUGAGCGGUCGCAACGUCACCUGCGGCAACUUCUUCACCUCCUACGACCUGGGCCAGCGGCUCCUCGAGAGGAACCUCACCAUGGUGGGCACGGUGAGAAAGAACAAGGCCGAGCUCCCGCCCGUGCUGCUCGAGUCCAGUGGCAGACAGGUCCUGUCCUCCAGGUUCGCCUUCACGCCCACCGCCACUCUGGUGAACCUGGCAAAGAGAAACAAGAACGUGCUACUUUUGAGCACGCUGCACACAGAGGGCCACAUUAGCCAUCGCCGCGACAGGAAGCCGGCCCUCAUCCUAGACUACAACUGCAACAAGGGCGGCGUGGACAACCUAGACAAGGUGGUGGGCACCUACAGCUGCAGCCGGAUGACUGCCCGCUGGCCCCUGGUCGUCUUCCACAACAUCCUCGACGUGUCCUCCUACAUCGCCUUUGUCAUAUGGCGAGAGAUCAAGCCUGACUGGAUGCCUGGCAAGCGGAAUAAGCGCAGGGUGUUCCUCGAGCAGCUGGGAAAGGCACUCGUGAAGCCGCUGAUCCAAAGAAGGCAGCAUCUGCCCCGCACCGAAGCGGCGUCAGCCCUUGUCAAAGUCCUACAGAGUGCUAUGGCGGCGCCUCCUGAUCAACAGCGCGAGGGCCCCGCCGCUGGCACGGCCGCUGCCCCGCUCGUUGCCCCGGCCACCGGGGCAAGUAAGAGGAAGAGGUGUCAGCUCUGCCCACCCAAGAAGGACUCCAAGACACACACGGUGUGCUGCAGGUGUAUGAAAUACAUCUGCUGUUCACACGCCUACUGUCACACUUGCGCACAUUGGGCCUUUAGCCAGGACUGGACAGGGUGA